UCCCACUGCCGAUCAGAUCAACUCGAUCAUCCCGAUCACCCAAAUUCCCCGAUCAGGCCCGACCAUGCUCGACUAAAGGCGAAUACACGACUUCUUCUCGACCUCUUGUCGAUCACACACGAUUUCCACACGAUUAUUCACGACUCCUUCACGACGUCAACCCGACCACCUUUCCGAUUUCCGCUCGAUCAUCCCGACCUUUACACGAUCCCUACACGAUCUCAACUCGACCUACUGGAUCUCUGCUCGAUCGGUGUCAGAUCUUUCCCCGACCCGAUCGUCAUAGUCGUACUCGAGUCGUAGAAGGUCGUGAACAGUCGUGUACCAAAAUUUUUAGAAUAAAAACUUCAAACAGUGUUGAUCAUUAUCACUUCAUCCUGAAACUUCAUGGUAUAUGUUGUGUCCAGCAUAGUAUACAUAUUUAUGGAGAUUGAGCAGUUGCAGAUGUGGGCCAGAUGGUUAGAGCUCCAGAGAGACAGGGCCAUUGCAGUGCUAGAGUUGGAACAAGAGGAAGAGGCUGAGGGUCGUAGGCAUAGACGUAGGCGACAAAUGCGCAGGAAAAUAUGGAUGAAGCAGUGGCUUGCACGACGACCCCUGUAUGGGCAUUAUGAGCAACUGCUACAGGAGCUAAACAGGGAAGACCCAAAAGGAUACAAAAAUUUCCUAAGGGUAGACGCUGAUAUGUUUGGGGAGCUUGUUGAUCGCAUAUCACCCAGAAUUCAGAAAAAGAACACCAACUUCAGGGAAGCCCUGGAGCCUGGAUUGAAGUUGGCGGUCACUCUUCGUCAUCUCGCAACUGGAGCCUCGUAUUCAGACUUGAUGUACUCAUUCCGAGUGGGAAGUAACACAAUAAGUAAAUUCGUCCCUGAAGUUUUGGAUGCUAUAAUACAGGAGUACUCUGAAGAGGUUUUGCCAGACGUCGUCACUGCUGAACAAUGGCAGCAGAUUGCAGAUGACUUCCGAACCAAGUGGAAUUUUCCUCAUGUCUGCGGGGCUCUUGAUGGUAAGCACGUGAGGAUAAAGAACCCGAAGAACUCUGGAUCUCUGUUCUAUAACUAUAAAGGCUUCUUUUCCAUAAUACUACUCGCACUCGUAGACGCAAACUACAAAUUCAUCUGGGUAAGCGUUGGUGCUAAUGGCAGUGCAUCCGAUGCCCAGCUAUUCAAUAACACUGAACUCAGAACCAUGCUAGAAGAAAACAACCUUGGUUUGCCUGACCCUGAUCCACUGCCUGGCGAUGACAUGAACACCCCAUACUUCCUCAUUGGAGAUGACGCCUUCCCGUUGAGAACUUGGAUGAUGAAGCCAUACUCCAGACGCAACUUGACCAACGAGGAGCGCAUAUUCAAUUACAGGUUGUCCAGGGCUAGACGAGUGGUAGAAAACGCCUUCGGUCUUCUCGCUAUGCGGUUUCAGUGCCUACUUGGCUGCUUGAACCAGAUGCCCGAAACCGUUGACUUGAUUAUUCUUGCAUGUGUCACACUGCAUAACCUUAUCAGCAUACGGUACCCUGCCAUUGCAAGACUGGCCGUCGACCAAGAGGACGAGCAUAACCAAUUAGUACCUGGUGAAUGGCGCCAAGGAAGACAGUUGGCUGAUGGUGAUCGGACCCAUGGAAGAAAUGUGGUGACAUCCGCUGGGGUCAGUCAGAGGAACUACAUUAAACACUACUUCAACUCCCGAGCUGGUUCAGUUGAGUGGCAACAGAAUAUGAUUUAGUGUGUUAGUUACUUUGGAAAGAUAUUUUGAUGAAGUGUAUAACCUAUAUGAUGCGAGUAUGCACAAGUUAUGUAGUUAUUAAAGUGAUUUCCGAUAUGUUUAAGUAUAUUAUAGUAAGUCAUCUUCUAUUUGGAUAUGAUAGUUUCCAUGAUAUGUUUGUUAAUGGAGGAAAUAAGCUUCAAGUAUACAUGUAUAUACAAUAGAGUUGAUUGUUUGUUUCUUGAUUUUAUGCCCUUUUUCGAAGUAUUUCAAUCAUAUCACGGUGGUGAGUUAACUUAGAACAUGACCUAAGUCGGCAACAAGAAAUAGCCACAUACCAGUAAUUUACAACUUUCAUUUAUAGUUCACCCUAGUUUC